AUGGGCUGGGUAUACAACCUCCACGAGACCGAUCCAAACAGCGAGAUUCCGCGCGUGAUCGGGACCUGCUUGGCGUGCUCAAUUACAGCUUUCCUAGCCGUAUGUCUGCGGUUUUAUGUGCGAAUACGCAUCAGUCGUUUUCCAUGGAUUGACGACUAUGCGGCACUGGCGGGCUCACUGUUGACGUUGGCAUACGCAGGUAUCGCCGUGGCUCAGACGCGAUGGGGCCAAGGACUCAGCGCGGCGUAUUUUCCAAAGGAGAAUGUUAUUCCAUUUAGCAGGAUCCAAUACGCUGGCGGCCCGACCUAUUGUCUCGCUGUCCUCGGCUUCAAAGUCGCCUUGUUGGCUUCCUAUCUGCGCAUCGCGGGGAUUAUAGAGCGAUAUCGUAAAAUCAUAAUUGCCACUAUUGUCGUGUGUGUCGUUAACCAAUUGAUUUUCGCCUUUAUCAUAUCAAUCUCCUGCAUACCGGUCGCAAAACAAUGGGAUACUUCUCUCAAGGGGCAUUGCAUCCAAACAAUACCGUUCUACUUUGCCCUCGGGGGCACGAGUAUCGUGCUGGACCUGAUAAUCAUAGCACUACCUCUGCCAGUCCUUUGGAAACUCCAGCUCCACCUCAAGCAAAAAGUCCUCCUAGCCUGCCUGUUUGCUCUCGGCUUCUUUGUGACCGUGAUCCAGAUCAUCCGCAUCCUCACCGUCUGGGACUUGAAGACCUACACCGACAGCAAGAAUAUCGUGAUCUGGUCUUGUGUCGAGAACAGCCUGGGCGUUAUCAUCGCCUGCAUUCCCACGUACGGACCUCUGUUCAAGUCCUUCGCUUCCACUGUUAAUUCAUACCGAAAUCGCGAAACUUCACGGACUUAUGCGCUUAGCUCUGUUCGCCAGGACACGGGGACGGGGCCUGGGCGUGGAAAUAGCAAUUUCGAGCCUAUAUAUGAGUCCGAGGGCCGGCAGAUCACUGAGAUUCGAUCCGGCGCGCAAACGAAUGAUGGGGAUAGCGAGGAGCAUAUAUUAUCAGAGGCAGAGAACUUAAAAGUAUAUGUAACUUCAGAGUUUACUGUUAAGUCUGGCGCAGUUUGA